AGCCGCCCUGCAGAGAAAGGGCCUGAAAGGCGUCGGCGGCCCAAAAUGGCGACAGCGACGGCGGCCGCUGGAGUCCCCGGGUCGGCAGUGCUCACUGCGGCGGCCGGCGCCACCGGCUCGGGGGGCGCCACGCCCGGGUCGCAGGGGGUGCUGAUCGGGGACAAGCUGUACUCAGGAGUGCUCAUCACCCUGGAGAACUGCCUGCUGCCUGACGACAAACUGCGCUUCACACCAUCCAUGUCGAGCGGCCUGGACCCCGACACCGAGACCGGCCUCCGCGUGGUGGGCUGCGAACUCAUCCAGGCGGCCGGCAUCCUGCUGCGCCUGCCGCAGGUGGCCAUGGCUACGGGGCAGGUGCUGUUCCAGCGAUUCUUUUACACCAAGUCCUUCGUGAAGCAUUCCAUGGAGCAUGUAUCCAUGGCUUGUGUGCACUUGGCCUCCAAAAUAGAAGAAGCUCCAAGAAGAAUUCGGGAUGUCAUCAAUGUGUUUCAUCGCCUUCGACAUUUGAGAGAGAAAAAGAAACCUGUGCCUCUGCUACUGGACCAAGAUUAUGUUAACUUAAAGAACCAAAUCAUCAAGGCAGAAAGACGUGUUCUUAAGGAGCUGGGCUUCUGUGUCCACGUGAAGCACCCUCACAAGAUAAUCGUUAUGUACCUUCAGGUGUUAGAAUGUGAGCGUAACCAGCACCUGGUCCAGACUGCAUGGAACUAUAUGAACGACAGCCUCCGCACAGACGUCUUUGUGCGCUUCCAGCCUGAGAGCAUUGCCUGUGCCUGCAUCUACCUCGCUGCCCGGACGCUGGAGAUCCCUUUGCCCAAUCGUCCCCAUUGGUUUCUUUUGUUUGGAGCAACUGAAGAAGAAAUUCAAGAAAUCUGCUUAAAAAUCCUGCAGCUUUAUACGCGGAAAAAGGUGGAUCUGACAUACCUGGAGAGUGAAGUGGAGAAGAGAAAGCAUGCCCUGGAGGAGGCAAAGGCACAAGCUCGGGGCCUGCUGCCUGGGGGUGCACCCGUAGCGGACAGCGGUGCGGGGUUCUCCCCUGCUCCGAGGCCAGAGUCGCCCACAGGAGGCAGAGGAAACAAGCCUUCUCCACUGUCUGUGAAGACUGCCAAGAGGAGAGUGGAGGGUGCAAAGAAAGCCAAGGCCGACAGCCCUGUGAAUGGCUUGCCGAGGGUGCGCGAGAGCGAGAGCCAGAGCAGGGAGCAGAGCCGCUCGAGGUCCCCUUCCAGGUCCACGUCUCCCAAGAGGAGGUGUGCUGUCCUUCCUCACAGGAAAAGUGACAGCGGCUCCACGUCUGGGGGGUCCAAGUCACAGAGCCGCUCACGGAGUCGGAGUGACUCGCCACCAAGGCAGGCGCACCGAGGUGCUCCCUACAAAGGCUCUGAGGUGAGGAGCUCCCGGAAGCCCAAGGAUUGCAAGUACCCCACUCAGAAGCCACACAAGUCUCGGAGCCGCAGCUCAUCCCGUUCUCGAAGCCGGUCACGGGAGCGGCUGGAUCACUCUGGAAAAUACAAGAAGAAAAGUCAUUACUACAGAGAUCAGCGGCGGGAGCGCUCGAGGUCCUAUGAGCGCAGUGGCCAUCGCUAUGAGCGGGACCACCCCGGGCACAGCAGGCAUCGGCGGUGAAGGGGCCUCCCCAGACCGCUGCCUCAGGCCCUUCCUGGGGGUGCUUGGGGACUGCCCUCAGACCCUCCAGGGGCACCUCGGCACCAGUGGCCCUGGACUACCACUAGUCUUUCUGGAAAUGGUGUUUUUGACCCUGGGCCUUGAGGUGAAUUUGGAAAUGGAAUUGAGGGAACAGUGAGGGGGCCCUUUGGGCCAGCGUGGGGUGUGGCACACAUGGUUCCAGCCAAAGGGUUCAGCUUCAGCCCCUCGGGCAACUCGGUGGGAAAGCAGAGACCUGAGUUCCUGUUAGGGUGGCUUGGUGCUAUGGACAAGCUGUCUCUUCACUUCCAUACUCAAUUACGUUCAGUCAAGAAAGAUGAUUUUUAGAACCUUUGCCUAUAUUAGGUUGUACUUAUGUAAAUAUUUUGCAGUGUUUCACAAUGAGAAAAUGGCCUUAAUAGCCCCUUAUUCUCUAUCCAUGUGUAAAUAAACAUGUUUAAUACAAGUGAAAGCUAUGUAUAUGAAAACUCAGAACUUGAAUUCUGCCAGCUUAAAACUGUGUAAAAGAUUCUGAUUUUUGAAACAUGAAGGUAUUUAGGUCUGUGUUGAAAGUCGUAUAUUUUUAUCUGUGCAAUGCUGAGUGCAGGCCACCAGCUCCUAAAUAGAGAAGUUUCCUAUAUGCAUUUUAUGUUGUUGAAUAAACACAAUUCUCUCUUCUCAGGACACUUGG